CUAACCUUUUAUAACAGUACAGAUGUCUGCUCGUCCAGUUGUUACCGUAUUCUCUGAGAAAGGCUCCACUAUUGGAACCGUCACCCUUCCAGCUGUCUUCACGGCACCCAUUCGUGAUGAUAUUGUCAACUUUGUUCACACCAAUGUUGCCAAGAACAAGCGUCAGGCUUACGCAGUUUCUGUUAAAGCUGGUCAUCAGACUUCGGCCAUCUCUUGGGGUACUGGUCGUGCUGUUGCCCGUAUUCCCCGUGUAAGUGGCAGCGGUACUCAUCGUGCCGGUCAGGCUGCUUUUGGUAACAUGUGCCGUGGCGGUCGCAUGUUUGCUCCUACCAAGGUAUGGCGCAAGUGGCAUGUCAAGGUUAACCAGAACCAGCGUCGUUUUGCUACUGCAUCUGCUUUGGCUGCAUCUGCUCUUCCUUCCCUUGUUCUUGCUCGUGGUCACAAGAUUGAGCAGAUUGAUGAAGUUCCUCUUGUUGUCUCUUCUGCUGUGGAGGCUUUCACCAAGACCAAGGCCGCUAUUGCCUUGCUUAAACAACUCAAGGCAUACAGCGAUGUUGAAAAGGUCGUCAACUCCAAGAAACUGCGUGCUGGUGUCGGUAAACUCCGUAAUCGUCGUCAUACUCAGCGUCGCGGUCCUCUUGUGAUCUACGACAACAAUGAAGGUAUUGCUCGCGCCUUUAGCAAUAUUCCCGGUGUUGAAACCUGCUCAGUCAAUGCUCUCAAUAUUCUUCAACUUGCUCCUGGUGGCCAUGUUGGUCGUUUUGUCAUUUGGACUCAGGCUGCUUUUGAAAAGCUCGAUGCUCUGUAUGGCACUGCUAGCACUCCAUCUCAGCUUAAAAAGGACUAUACUCUUCCUGUUUCGAUCGUCUCCAACCCUGAUCUGCCUCGUCUUAUCAACUCUGACGAAAUUCAGGCUGUUGUUCGCCCAGCUGGAACAUCUCGUCCCAAAUGUCCUUUUGCCCAGAAGAAGAAUCCCCUCAAGAACAUGGGUCUUCUCAACCGUCUCAAUCCCUAUGCUCAGACUUUGCGUCGUCGUGAUAUUGUCAACGAUCUUAUGCACAAGGAAGGCAAGGCAGUCAAGAAGGUGCACAAAAAGGUUCACAACAAGGCCUUUAUUGCCAGCCUUCUUGAAUAAACCUUUUGAAUGUGUUACCACAUGACUUGGAAAUUGUGAGUUUAUAAAGUCAUUCAUUGCAAACUAAAAUAAAAAAGUAGAUUGUAGGGAUUGAUAACCUAUAAACUACCAUUUCAAG